CCUCCUUUCACUUAGUCCCUGUGGGUCGCCUUCGAGGGCACUGGGUCCUGCUCCAGUCCCCCAGGCUCGGGGCCUUCUGGCACAGAGCCUCCCCAAGCGUCAGGCGGUGGGACCGAAGGCAUCCGUCCGGCGCAGGCUGGGUCCCCGGGGGCAGCCCCCCGCGCGUGGCCGUCUAGGCAAAUGCCGGCGCCCACGCCGUGCCCACACCAUGCUUUUUUCUCCCUACCCCUGCCAGGCUUGUGAAUGCGAACCCGAGGGAGCCGGCCUGGACCGCAUCGGGGUCGGCCCCGAGAGGCAGGAGCGCCGGUCCGACCGUGGCCUGCCCGAGACCGUUGGUCUCCGAGAGGCCGCGAAGGGAACAAAGAGGCGGCAGCCCAGGAGGCCCGUAGAGAGCUACUCUCGGCACGACUAGUGGGAAACAGGUUGCACUGAAACCGGAGGGGCGGACUGGGAAGGUGGGGCCAGGUGUCCAGGCUCCCCGGAGGGAGCUCAGUGAGCUGGCGAGGGAGGCUGCCCUGGAAGGCAAAGGGGAGAAGCCGCGAAGCCCCAGGAAGAGAGCACGCGGCAGCUUAAAACGAAGGAUAGAAAGGCGCUACCAGGAGCUAGAGACCAAAGCUGCUACCCCUGCCGGGUGGGGCUGGGCGGGGCCGGAGAAACUGACACCUGCCGGGCCCGCGCAAGAACGUACGCUCUGCGCAGGCGUGCUGCCUGGCCGCCCGGUAGUCGGGCGGAACUUGGCAGUCUGCGGCGUCCGCUUUUCGGCCAGUCCCUUCCGGCGCUUAUAUGGCGGUGUCGGUCUCACUGCUGCUCUCGUUAUCAGCCACCUGCGCACUAUGGCUUCUCUGGGUCUGGGCCUGGGAUUGUUCCGGGUGGACGCGGAGCAGGGGCAGGGACCUGGAGCUGGAGGGAUUCGGGAGUAGGGCCCUACUGGUGACCGCGCACCCGGACGACGAGGCCAUGUUCUUUGCCCCCACGCUUCUGGGCCUGACCCGGUUGAAGUACCAGGUCUACCUGCUCUGCUUCUCCGCAGGCAAUUACUACAAUCAAGGGGAGAUUCGUAAGAGAGAGCUUUUGCAGAGCUGUGAUGUUUUGGGGAUUCCACCCUCCAGUGUAACAAUUAUUGAUCACAGACAACUCCCAGACGACCCAAAUGAAGAGUGGAACCCAGAGCUCGUGGCUACCUUUCUCCAGACAUACAUCGAGGCCAAUAACAUUAAUCUGGUAAUGAGAUCGGAUGUAAGAGGAAUGGCAAGAUUUGCCAACUGACUGGCCCUGUGGGGGGCAGUAAGGUUCCUCCACUCCAACCAGAUAUUGCCGAAAGGGUGCUCAGUCCUUACCUUGGAGUCUGUAAGCAUUCUGCGGAAAUACUUGUCCAUAUUUGAUCUGCCCUUCACCUGGUUCCAAACCCACGAUGUCCUCUUUGUGCUGAAUGUAAGAGAAGCAGAACAAGCCAGGAAGGCUAUGUCCUGUCACAGCAGUCAGCUCCUCUGGUUCCGACAGCUGUACCUCUUCUUCUCUCGCUACAUGGCCAUCAACUCACUGAACUUCCUCUAACACGGAUGAGAGUCCCAAGCAGUCAAGAACAGAGGAGGAGAGUUCCAAGAAGACUAGGCUCUCUCAAACCCUAACCUGGACCCAGGCUCACAGGGCCAAGCAAGCCCAGAUCUGGAGGCCUGGUGGUCCAUCUACAAUGGUUCAGUUUCUGAAGGUAAAAGGACUCCAGAAAGCAGACAGCAGAGAUCAUCUCCAGGGGGUUGUCAGAGACAGUGAGCAGCUGCCCUUCUCCUCACAACCUGGGACUGACUGGACCAAGAAGACUGGGAAUCUCCAGGGAACUCAACAAAUUUGAGCCUUCCAGCUCAAUGACUGUCUGAUCCACGUGGCCUGAUAAUAGGGGAGGGAAAGGAAAGGGGGCCAGUCACAUGAGGGACAGAAGGCCAAGUUCUUUUUUUUUUUCCAUCAUUAAAGCUCUAAGAUUUUCA